AUGGAGACGGCACCGCCGUCCUUCGUCUCCAAAGCUAGAACCGCCUUCAAUUCCGCCGCUGCUAAAGCGGAGCGCGUCUUCACUGAUCUCAAAUCCGAUCUAGAAGCGGAGCAGCAAUCGACGGAUGAUCAUAAGGAGGAGUAUGAAGUGAAACCUCAGGGAUGGAGAACAGCACAUAUUAGGAAAACGCAAGAGUGGCAAAAUAAACUGAAAAACUUAAGAAUUGGGAAAAAAGGAGUUGAAGAACAAGAAAAGGUUGAGGAUUUAACCAUGGCUGCCCCUUUCUAUGACGAAAAUUUGUUCAUUCUUAAAGCAAAGCAAGAACAAGAAGCCAAGGCAUCUGAUGUCGGCUACAUGGUAGAAUCUCUAAAUGCCGUUGAUGUGAAUAGUAUUCCUCGAGCAUCCAUUGUGAAGCAGCUGGCUGCAGCCAUCGAAGCGGGAAAAAGGACUAAGACUCUGAAAGACUUUGUUGCAUCGUCUGGAAGUUCGUCACCAGUGAGGGAGAGGGGAGGCUUGAGCCUCUCUGCGGUGAAAUCGCUGGUUCUUGGUGAAAAAGAGGAUAAGCUUGGUUUUGAUUCAGGAGAUGAAGAAAAACUUGUUUCCCUAGUAAAUUCCUUGUUUAAUGUUGAUAGUAACUUCCUCAUCAGAAUGAUUGUCUCUGAUUUGGAGUCUCCUACUGCCAGAGCACCUUUCGCAAAAGAUCUUCAUGCUGCUCCCCCUGGUAGCUUUGUUGUUAAGCUUGCUGAAGUAAUUGGAAGUUUUACAACCCCAAGGAGAAUGGCUUUGUUCUGGGGCAGGGUUGUUGAUGAACUGAGGAGAUUUUGGAAUGAAGAGAAACACAUACCAUGGAUACCUGUGGACGAGAAUCCAGAUUUGAAAAGUUGCCUUCUGCACCAAUGGUUACAGGUUAUAAACUGCUGUCUUACAAGGAAAGCACGUUGCUUAGCUGCUUCUGAAGCAUUAGAUGCUGUGAUUAGGCAAGCCACUUCAGCCAACGAAGAGUCAGACGCCUCAGAAGCAAUGGUUUCUCCGGUUUCUCUUUUGUAUGCUAAAAGUAACACCGGGGAACCCAUACUCCGCCUAGGCGUUCAUCAUACAGUUGAGAACUUAACAAUGUUGGAAACUGGUGAACCUGUGUAUGCCCCAAUAACACAGGAAGGUCCAUUGUUGACAGAAGAUCUUAUUAGAGAAACAGAGGAAUUAGUACUUCGAACAGGGAGCAUGGGGGCUGGAUGUUCUCAACUCUUGUCUGACAUGCAGGCCUUCAAGGCAGCAAAUCCUGGAUGUAUUUUGGAAGAUUUUGUGAGAUGGCACUCUCCUCCAGACUGGACUGAAAAUGAUACCUCUUCUGGAGACGAGUCUUCGCCCCUACGAGGUCAAUUAAGUACCAGGAUGCAAAAAGAAGGUAAUUUAUGGCGUGAGCUGUGGGAAACAUCUAAACCACUGCCUGCGGUUAAACAGGCACCUCUCUUUGACGAAGAUUUGGCUGUGGAAGGAAUCUUGAAUUCUUUGGAAGACAUUCCAGCUGCUGAAUUUUUCGAGCAGCUGUUUGUUUCUCUUCUUGGCCUGGGAUUUGUGAUGCUGGAGCCAGUAAUAGCCACAAACGAUGACUUGUCAAAGCUUUUCUUCGAAUGCAAGGAUUAUGUAGUCGCGAUUUGUCAGGGAGGCGCAUUGAGCGAUAAGCUUGAUGAUCUCUGCCAGGUCUACGAGACCGUGGAAACAAUGUUAUUACGUCCAGAAGAAGUAAUGAGAACAAUGAAGCAAACAGAGGAGUCGCCAUCAAACGGGAGCGAAACAAAACGCCGUUUCAGGCGGCUCAGUUUCAUCUUCCGCGGUAACGAACGAAACCAGAAAAGAGUUCCAUCAGAAACUGAACAGAAGAGUACAGAACCUAGCCCAAGGCAAUCGUUCUCAAUGCUUUUCGAUUUUGCAAAGAGACCUCCUAGACCUGAAAAUGGAACUCUUGUCUGA